AACUACUUCGAAUUUCAGGAGAAAAUCAACACUUUCCCACUUAAGAAAGAUGAAUGGAUUACUUCAAGAGAAUAAAUGUACACGUACCCAAAAAUUGACUCGAGACCAAGAAUUUUACUAUAUGGUGUCAGCUCUACGCCACGUCGUCUCCGGUGCCGAUGGUCGGAAGGACGGUGCAGCAGCUCAGCUUUUGAGGGAAGUUCAAAAUGCAUGUGGUGGUGCAUCCACGUCAGCUGAUACCAUGCCACGUAGGAACAUUGUGGACACUGUUCAGCCAGCGCCAGCUGCUAAUUAUCUGGCAUGUCACAUUGGGAAUUCUUUUCACGUAAAGCGAGAGAAUAUGGAAAUGCAGAAAGGGAGAAGAAAAAGGAUCAGAAAUACAAAGAAGGAAUUUAGGGGAGUGAGACAAAGGCCAUGGGGUAAAUGGGCUGCAGAGAUUCGGGACCCGCACCGAGCCCAACGAGUUUGGCUUGGUACUUUUGCUACUGCUGUGGAAGCUGCUAGAGCUUAUGACAAAAAAGCUAUUGAAUAUAGAGGUGAAAAGGCCAAAACCAACUUUCCGAUUUCGGAAUAUGCUGCUGAUGAUGAUGAGAACAAGUCGCCAAUGGUAGUGGAAGAAAACAAAGUAGUAGUACAAGUCCAAAAUGGUGAGGUGGCAGUGGCUGCUGAUCAUAAUAAUACUAAUGGUGAAAACAGUAUGCAAAAUGGUGAUGAUCAUAAUAUUAACGGUGAAAGUAGUAUGCAAAAUGGUGAUGAUUUUUGGGAUACGUUGGAAGAUGAUGGACUUGUCAAGUGGAUCACCCAGGAUAUGUCCUGAUGAUUCUUUUAAUUCGCUUUAUUGUUUUUGUCUUAUAUCGGGAACAAUGAGUUACUUUAUAUUGUUUGAUUUCUUCAUUUUUUCCUGUUAUGUCUUUCAAUUCGAGUUUUUCGAAUGGCUAGUACGGAGUGGUAGGAAAAAUCUUGUAGUUUGAGUAUUGUACUGAAGUAUUGAGGUUGCAGUCAUUUAUCUUUAUGCAAAAACAGAGAAAGUCAGACAACAAAAGUGACGUGUUUUUUUGUUUUUAUAUAGGAAGUUGUAAAAUCAAUUUCAAAUUUUGCUAUAAUAAAAGAGUUUUUGUUGUUUCUGAUA